CCAAUUUCAGCAAAAAUGGCGGAAUCCGAAAGAAUGGAAGUCGACUCCCCUGCAGUUUCAUCGACAUCUUCAGGUUCCAACAAGAAAAGGUUCGAAGUUAAGAAGUGGAAUGCCGUUGCUCUUUGGGCUUGGGAUAUUGUGGUUGAUAACUGCGCCAUCUGUAGAAAUCAUAUAAUGGAUUUAUGUAUAGAAUGCCAAGCAAACCAGGCUUCUGCAACAAGUGAAGAGUGCACAGUUGCAUGGGGUGUUUGUAAUCAUGCCUUCCACUUCCACUGCAUCUCUCGCUGGUUAAAGACUCGUCAAGUUUGUCCUCUGGAUAACAGGGAAUGGGAAUUCCAAAAGUAUGGUCGCUAAAGGUGAAGUAUACCUCCUUCAUUACUGGUGGUCCUCUUGUUAUGGGUGCAGCAUUUAGCUUAGUUAUCAUAAAACAUUGCUUUUUUUCAAUCUUGUAAAAAUUAAUUAAUUAAUUAAAUUCUGCAAGGUUUGUUGUACUUUUUGUCCCUUUUCAGUAAUCAAAAUAAAACCUUUUCCUUUCAA